CGCAACAAGGUGGACAAGGAGGUGGUUCCGCACACGGAGUGCAUUUUCCUUCUUGACGAGCUGCUUCUCGUAUCGCAGCGAACGUUUGAUCGGUUGAACAGGGACACGUCUGUUGCUCUUUUCGUCGUGCUUUCGUUUCCCGAACCACCGCCUCUCGAUUAUUACGUAACCGAUGUCUCGCCGACGAUUAAAUCGGACGGAAUAUUUCACCAUGGGAAACCGUCCAUGUCCCAUAAAUGCGUGGCUAAGCAGCUCAGGCCGAUCAAACGGAAAAUAACCGACCCUCUAGCGCCUAUACAGGAAGUGAAUCCACGCGUUUUGCAAGAAUGGGUCGACAAGGACAAAAUAUACGUGGAUCAUCCUACGAAGGAUGAUGGUGUCGUUUUCCAAACGCUUUGUUUUUUGCCGAGAUCGAAGCUGAUUUAUGACCGAAAGCAAAAACCUCUAUUCUCCGUGUUUCCCCGAUCUGUUCAAUACGAAUUAUGGUACAUGCGCGAAAAGCAAAUGAAGGAGCUCGAGAAACGGAGAGCACCCGUCACACCGUGCGCUACUCAAAAAGAGGAAACGGUUGAGAAGGAUGAAGAACCGUGCAGUCUGAUAAAAGUGCCAUUUUGGUAUAAGGAUAAAACCGAAAGACCGAGCGGCAUUCCUCCCCCAGUUGGAGACAUAAACGACUACUCGUACGAGAAGUUCGACAAAACCGUCGAGCAAGACGUAAAACUUAGCGAAAAACUGGACAUAGAUCAUCCGGGCAAAUAUAUACCGGGUGCGAUUCAUCGAUUACAGGGUUCAGGCGACACGAGUAUGAUAGACGAGUUGCAAAGAGCGGAUGCCUUUAAAGUAGUUCUGAAGGAGCGCGAAACCUUAGCGGAAAAGCCACCACCUGUUGAAGAAAACGUUUGCUAUUCUGAAAAACCAGUCGUAACGGAUAUAGAAGUUGUAGAAGAUAGCGACAAGGAUGUUCGAUGGUAUCCCGUGUACGAAGAUUUAGAAUUGCCAAGAACUGAUGCCGAAAGGCAAGAGGAAUUACGAAAAUUAACCAAACCUUUUUUACACGAUUUGCAUAUAUGGUAUUCAAAGAACAAACCGACGAAAUUGUUCACCCCUGUUAGACAAAUUGGAAAGAAAGCAAUGCCUGAAAGGCGGUUUUCUCACUUGUAAUAUUGUCCUUGGUGUAUUAUUAAGAUUAAGAUAAAUAAAAUUGAUAAAAAUAAAAUGAAAAA